UCAAAAAGUGCGCCGUACUGCCUGGCAAGCGAGCAAAGCCUCAUCGGUAAUAUUGUGCAUGGACUACUCGCAUUUGAGCUGCAUGCAUGUUAUGGUACGGUGCGAGCAGUGUAUCUUCUCUCCCUUUCCGACUUAUGAGAGAUUCUGUAUGCGAGCAGUAGCGGCAUCGGCAAUUGUCUGUUCAUUCAUUGAGAGAAGAUCCCAAAGCCAAGUCGUUUCCCGCUGCAUGUUGCCUAGCGAAAACUAGUCAAUGUGGGAGAUAUUUACUCAGAGAGGGUCAACCAUACAGUACACUCAUCCGAAACCCGCGUCUAAUUUAUUUGGGAUGUUUACACAAGGAGCAGUGUUCAAAACUUCUCUGCACCGUACCCCAUGCACAUCGACCCAUACAGCAUAGCAUUGCACCCCUCACAGUGUACUGAUACCAGUCACCAUAUGUAUCCGUGUACCUCUCGAUUUCUAGUAUCAGGAAUACGCGCUCAAUGACAAGUGCACAAGUUAUAAACGUUUUCAUCUUUUCUUCUUCAUCGUGGUAUAUCAACUCCUCUUCAUAUCCGAAUAGAAGCCUGAGAUAGCAUCGUCGUUUUCUCGUGAUUGGAAUAAUAUUCCACCCGAUUUCUUCGGGGGAUACCAAGGAACAUAAUGCCCGCUCAGACUCCUGAGAGGUCGUCCUUCGGAAUGGAAGACUCAGAACUUUUCGGGACCAGUUCCAAGUCGGUACAGGAGCAAGUUUUGUCCGGCCAAGUUCUCCUCAUGGACUACAGACCUAACUCGGCCUUCUGUCGGGCGCAUAUAGAAGGAGCACUGAACGUUUGCUUACCGGGAAUUCUUCUUCGGAGAUUACAGAAGGGGAACCUGUCGUUGAAAUGUCUGAUUCAAGGGGAUGAAGGAAAGGACCUUUUCGUGAAAAUGGCCAGCAAAGUUCCUCUCAUUUUAUAUGAUGAGAACUCGAGCAACAUCAAUGCAAACUCAGAUACUCCAUUCGUCCUAUUGCUGAGGAGACUCAAAGAAGUUGGUUAUCGGGUCAGCUACUUAAGAGGUGGCUUUAGCGAAUUCUACAGACUGUUCCCUCACUUAUGCCAAACUUCAGAAGACAGCGAUUCCGACGAGUGUUCUCUCACAGAUCUGGGCUUCGACAGGCUCAAGAUCGAGACAACGUUGGUGCAAGCAGAAACCCCAUUGGACAACCGAUACCCCGCCCAGAUCCUGCCCUACCUGUACCUCGGAACCAAGCAGGAUUGUGAAAACUUUGAACUCUUCUCCAAACUGAGAAUACGCUAUGUUCUGAAUGUUACGCCCAACAUCCCAAACUGCUUUGAGGACAAUGGGAUCAAAUACAUGCAGAUUCCUAUCAUGGACCAUUGGAGUCAGAAUCUGGCAGCUUUCUUUCCUGAAGCCAUCGAGUUUAUUGACGAAGCUCGCCGUGCCAAGUCUGGUAUCCUUGUCCACUGUCUGGCUGGUGUGAGCCGUUCUGUGACUGUAACCGUGGCAUACCUCAUGCAGAAGCUCUGCCUCUCUCUCAACGACGCGUACGACUUUGUCAAGGAACGCAAGUCCAACAUCUCUCCCAACUUCAACUUCAUGGGCCAGCUGAAAGACUUUGAGCAGAAGCUUUCGACGAGUCCCUGUCGGACUGGCACAUGUCGGUGUGCCAUCGAUGGCUGCCACUGUCUCAGCCCAGACCCCACCUCAUGCUCAUGGAUGUCGACAUCGUCCACGUCCUCGUCGGCGUCCUCAUCAACCUCAUCAUCGUCCAGUGAGCUUACAACUCCAGCCAGCAGUGUCAGUGUCAGCGCCAGCACGUGUUCAACAGACAGUCGGAGAGGGGAGUUUGAUUUCCAUUUAGAUACCUGAUCUGAAUGUUACAGGCCUGUUAUCAUGAGGCCCUAGACAGACUGUAGAAAAGUGUAUCAUCCAUUUAAUUCUGGAAGCUUCUAGAGAUGGAAAAAACGCUGGGAAGUGUGAUUGUGAACUUCACAGUUAGAAGAAGCAAUAAAAGGUUAUAGUGAAUAGAUAGGUACAGCCUUCUCCCAUAUAUAUAUACUAGAUAGUGGUGAACUGCUUUCAGGGUGCUACAUGCCAUUACAUGUGUGAAUUGAUAUGAACAAGGCAUGUAGAUCAUGCUCAUGACGCUAUAUUGUGGGGUCAAACUAAACUUCUUCAUGAUGAUUGAAGACUAAUUCUCCUUUAAGAAGUUGCUCUCAAAGCUAUAUCAAUGUUUUACACUUCUAUGACUGGUGUUAUUUUUCCCCACCUAAAGUCUUUUUAGCGCAUAAUACACAAUUAUGAGAGGCUACAUAGGAAAUGAAAGAUAUCCCUCAAGGCAUAGCAUAAUUGCCUUAUAGAUAGUACCAGCUAUACUAUGACAGCACUUUGUAAUAAAUCAUUUAGUGCAGGUGGAAGAAGCAAUUGAUAGUGUCAGUAAUUCUUACAAUUUUAUGCCUGCCUAAAAAUCCCUUAUAGUUUAAAGAAUACAAAUUCUGAAAUUUUAGCUCAUGAAGAUAUAAUUUUAUAAUGGCAGUAUUGGAAGUUUUAUUGGAGAUUUUAUGUAGACUUCCAUGUUGCAACAAAUCAAAUAGCUACAUCUAGAAGAUAUUUUACUUCUCUUAUCAUCAACUUUUUAAAAUCUUCUUUAAAAGAAAAACAUGAUUCAACACAAUAUGCUAUAUUUCUGCUUCUUCUGUGAAGCACGCUUGUUAGGUCAUGUCGAGGGUGUAAUUACUGGCAUUAUGUUCUCUGCCUCUUGCAAUGGUUCUAAAAUGGCUGACAUUAUCUCCAAGAUUAUGUAGCACUUGACAAGUACAGUUUGUAUGUUUGUUGCUUAGUUAUUUUUUGUUGUACUCUGAUGAUAACUCCGCAAAAAAUGUUACUUAACAAUUUAUGUUUGUAUGAUAAAAACAAAUUUGAAAUACCUCUUGCCAUUUAAUGUUUUCUCCCUCAAUCAGGUACUAUGAACAUGCUUUGGUUCGGACUUAAUUGUUAUAUUGUGAAUAUGUUAUGAAUUAUAAAGUUCUGACUAACGACCGAAGGGAGUAAUUUCUGUUGUAUAUAAUUCAGAAGACAUAUCAUGCUGUUGUUCAGAAUGAUAGGUGUUCAUGUAAUCUUAGUGAAUACUUUACUUUGCAGGAAAGGUGGCAAACAACUCAACAAUUUCAGUCUCGUUUCGAUUCUGAAUUUUUUUUUUGGAAGUGGCCAAUAGCCGCAUUCUUUCAAACAUGGUGGGCAGAGGUUUCAAUAUACUCUUUAUUUACACAAUGUUUCAUUACUUAUACAGGGCUACUCACUAACUUCUUUUGUUUAAACAUGGGGGGGGGGGGGUAUGCAUGGUACCCUAUUCAAAUUUCAAAAGAUGGGUUUCGGUGUUUAAAUUCUAGAGCUCAUGUGCAUGGACGGACCCCUUUUGGUUUCAAGCCCUGCCUAUGUUUUAUGAAGAAUAUGUUGAGAGAACAUUUCUGCAUGAAUAUACAUAUGAAUCAUUUAGGCGUACAUUGUCAAAACAUUUGGUGAAAACAUGGUGUAUAAAUAAAGAACAGGACUCGGCUAUAUGUAAUGUCAUACCUCUAAGGCUGAUGGUAUCUGAAAAGAGGUAAAUAUGAUACGUCCAUCCAAAUCAUAGAAGCUAAGAAUGUAUUCACAUGUUUGAGUAUUUACGAUUUAAGUUAUGAAGUAAUGUAUGCAAGGUCAGAUUAAUCACUUUUUAAAGUGCUUUUAUUCAAUUAACAUCUACAGAAAUAUCAGGUUUUUCUGCAAAGAUACAUUUUAGGAGGGAAAAUGGAGCUUGGAGAGGGUACUGUUUAGGACUUUAGGUCAGAUUUAGCUCCAGUCAUUCCAGGUGUGAGUCUGGAAGAUUGACUUUCACGCCUAAAAAAUGAGGAUAUUUUGCAUAUUGAGUGUUUGACAUGAUCAGGGUGUGCAUAGAGAUACAAGCUAUUUUCUAUGUUUAGAUAGGAGUGUAGAAUUGAAAUGUCUUGAUAUUUUGUUAAUUGUACAGUAUAUAUUUAUUGGAUAGGAUUUUUGUAUUAAUCUGAUAUUUAGAAUCCCUAUGUGCCUCGAUCAAAAUGAAAUUUCAUCAAAGUAUAAAGAAUGGGAAUGGCCAGAAGAAAAAAAAAAGUUAAGUUAAACUUGCAAUGAUUUUUGAAUAAUUGGGAAAAAAAACUUUUGUAUUUUUUUUGAAAUAUUAUUUUAGUGAAAUGAAGGGAAAUCAGUUGCAACUCAAAUUUCAAACAUAAUGGAUUAGUCUUAAUCUGUGGAUAAACCAUUAAAAAAUGUAUUCCAAUAGAUGCAAAAUUAUUGAACAGAAGUUGUUCUUGAUGAUGUACAAGGCUAGUCCAACAUAACAACUUCUAGUAUAUGCAAGAUUGAUUCCAACCAUAGAGUUGGUAUAAUUACACAUGCAAGGUGAAUUAUAUGGACCAUAACCAUUAUUUUUGGAAGAAAUACCCGAUUGAACACAUUUAGUGAAUGUUUGUAUUUAGGUGGUUUCCCUUGAUGCACGCUAUAUAAACUGCUCAUCAGUAUAAGAGAUUACAAAAAACAAACUCAAUUGAAUGUGGACUAAAUGGGCGUUCACGCUAUAAGAUAAAAUAAAGAGUAAUUUUCUAAUUCAUAUUUUUGUAAAUUUGUACAUUUCUCACUCAACAGUUCAUGUGGAAGUAAGUUAUAUAUUAUUAUGCAACAAGUAAAAUCAAAAAGAGGAAUGUAUUCAAAUGGAUUCAUGCUUCUUACAUGAUCUAAUACAAUGCUCUUGAUAUAAUCUACUUAACACUUACUGAAGUUUAUAUUUUUACUAUGCAUUACAGAUACGAGUGAAAGAUGUGUACUAUUCAAAGUAUUCAGGGUUUAUACAUGAGAUGAGGUUUGAAGGUAGUGUUUUUAAAGUUGUUUCUAAGGUUUGGUUCACAUAUUUGUACUCUUUAUUUUUUUUUAAAGUUUUAACAAAGAUAACCAAACAUUCUUUUAAUAAUUUUUUUAAAAUCCGUAACCAUGCAAUGCAGCUUGGCAAGGUUUAGCACAGUAGGUCUCUUGGACAAGAUCAACAAUGUUACUUGAACAAGAAACACUACAAUACUGUAAACAGAUGCUUCUCCAUGAUUAAGCAUUGAUUUGGGGAUACAUGUGAAGGUUUCCCCUUAAGUAUGCAAGGGGAAAGUUUAAAUUUCUGGAAAUAUAAACCAAAUAUCUCAUGAUUUACUUGUACUAGGGUUUGCCAUGCACAGGUUCAUCAUCUAAAGAUUGAUAAAAACGUUGCCAAAUUAUUUUCACUGAGUUUACAAAAUUGGAUGAAUCAAUGAACAUGUGUAAUGUUACGAUAGUUUUCUUGAACAAAGUGUUACAAUCAAUUGAAAGAUCAAAUAUCAUUGGUUUCUCCCUCCAUUAACAGAUAGAUGCACCUAGUAAAAGAGCUAGAAGUGAAGUAUUGUUAUGAAUUGGUUCAAGAAAGACCUUUAAUUUGUUUGAUUCGAACUGGUAUGUGCCAUGAAAUCAAAAUAUUCAGCAAUAUUCCAGGAGAUAUUAUUUUAUUAGAUCAUUCUCUCUUUUUCUGAUAGUAGAACGAUAUAAUUUCAUAGCAUUCCACCACAGUCUUAUGUGUUUUUUGUUUUUUUAAACCAUUUUACUCAAAUUACUUUGUUGUUUUAUGACUUCGGUAGUCUGGAUGAUGAGGAAAAGGAAGUUGGCAUUCAGAAACUAUUCCAGUAGUAUGAUUCCAAGUGAAAAAAAGGAAAUGAGCUACAUAAAAUCAAGGUAACAAAGCUAUUUUGAUACAAGCAAGAAACUAAAAGUUUAAGAAGACAAAUUUAUAUUCUCAACACUGGUGUUGAGUGUCAAGAGAUACAAAAAGAACAUAGUCACAAUGCAUUUCUCUUUUGAUAAACCAUUGUAAAUUCAUAUACAACAGUAGUCAAUGUGUAUAUUCUUAGAGUAUAUAUUUUUAAAGAGCAAAGUUAAAUCUGUAUUAUGUGUAAGAUAUAUUUUGUGUGGUCUUUUUUUAAAGAUUAAGCGGUGUACAUGUUUAUGUUAUGUUGAUUGGUAUAAUGCAAUAUACCAGAGAUUAUGUGUAUGUCAUGGGACAAAAUGAGGGGACUUUCACACAAACUGUUAGUCUGUUUGAAAGAGUAGUAGUUGUGAUAAUGUAAAGUCUUUAUACCUCAGUCUGUGACUCCCGUGAAGCGAUGGAGAGUAAACGAUUUGGGGGUAGGUAGAGAGAUACUAACACUUGCUUCAAGCAGCUCAGUAAAUAAAGUUUUCUCUAUGUUAUUCGUUAGCUAUCAGUUCAACGCUUUAUACGAACAAAUUUUAAUACAGGACAAAGUACUAGUAGUGAUUUGUACUUGUCAGUUCAAUAUGAUUUAAGGGAUGCAAAGUCUGGUUUAAAAAAAACGUGUAUGUGUAAAAAGAAAUUAUUUUGUAUAAACAAGACUCAGAAUGUGAAGUCAUCAUGGAUAAGUGCUUGUAAGUGUGAACACUUUAAAAGCAAUCUUGAUUCCUGUCUAUUCUAUUUUGUACAGUUAAAGAAAUAAAUGCAGGAAGACGGAAGAAGGUGGUGAAAUGUAAUUAAAAUAUGAGAAAAACGAA